CUUGCAUUCGCUGGCUUGGCAAGAAAUGGCCGCACACUCGUGCCUGAUAGAAAAAAGGACUUCCACAUUUCGGGUCGGAGUUCUUUGACAACAAGAUUUGAGGAAGGAGAACGAGCAAUCUGAGGCGAGUUUAUGCAUCAACCUUGCCGCCAAAUCCGUUAUUUCCGCGGACAAACAUACAAGUAUCCAAGCCUACACGCUGACUAUUUCAUUCUAGGAGAGCCAUGGCGGACGGCAAGUUCUUCGCGUACGCGUGCAUGGGUCCGAAGCAGAAGUUUGAGCCCUUCCACUACGAGCCCGACCCGCUGGGACCCAACGACGUGCAAAUCAAAGUCACUCACAACGGCCUGUGCCACACGGACUUGCACUUGCGCGACAACGACUGGAACAACGGGACGUACCCGUUUGUAGCAGGCCACGAGGUGGUGGGAAUCGUGGAGCAGGUCGGCGCCAACGUGACCACGCACAAAGUGGGAGACCGCGUGGCAUAUGGAUGGAUGCGCGACUCCUGCCGCUCCUGCCUCUCCUGCAUCCGCGGGGAGGAGAACCUGUGUGCGGAGGGGUACACGGGGCUCAUUCUAAACGGCAACAAGGGCGGCUUCCAGCCGCGCCUGCGCGCCCCUGCUGACUUUGCCAUCAAGCUGCCCGAGGGGCUCGACUCGGUUGCUGCGGCGCCCCUCAUGUGCGCUGGCAUCACGGUCUACAGCCCCCUGCGCACGCACAUCACCCGCCCGGGCAUGAAGGUCGGGGUCGUGGGCAUUGGGGGUCUCGGCCACCUGGCUCUGCAGAUCGCCCGGGCGAUGGGGGCGCACGUGACCGCAUUCUCCACGUCUCCCACCAAGGAGGAGGAGGCCAGGAGCAUGGGCGCACAGCAGUUUGUGGUGUACGACGCGCAGGCGGCACCUGGGGGAGGCCACCCCGAGGUGCCCAAGAGUGCUCACGUGGACGUGCUGGUGAACUGUGCUCCCGUCUUGCCGCCCAACGGAGACUACCGCAACUUCAUGAGCCUCUUGAACCCUGAUGGCACACUCGUGCUGACUGGGAUUCCGCCUGACGCGGUCGGGCAGGUGGGCCUUCUGGAUCUGAUCUUCGGGCAGAAGAAACUUGCGGGAUCGGUGGUGGGCGGGCGGAUGAUGCUGAAAGAAAUGUUUGAUUUCUGCGCCGCCAACAACAUCAAGCCAGUGACAGUGACCCGUCCUCUGUCGCAGCUGAAUGAGGCUAUGGACGAAGUGGAGGCGAACAAGGUCCGUUACCGCAUCGUGCUGCUCACCGAUGUUUAGAUAGGGAUGGAUGGGUGGGUGGAUAGAUGGAUGGCUUGAGAGUGCAGCUGCUUGUUGAUAAUGGAUGUACGGGUGGGUGAAUGGGUUGUGUGGACAGCAUUAGGGCAUGUGGAUAGUGGAUGUUCGGGUAGUGUGAAUGGAUAUCUGCUUGCUGUUGAGUCCUCAAGAGCCACAUAACGUGAUACAAAAUGGUGGCUGUCAAUCAAGGUUCGUUUCGUUACUGCGUGGUGCUGCCCACUCAGGGCGAGCAGACAUGGAUCAUGGAUGAAUGGAUACUGUAGAUGGAUGGAUAGCUGCUUGCUAUUGAGGCCUCAAGAGUCACAUGGC